AGGCACUUGCAAGGGGAGAGCUAUUGGCCUCUGAAGAGUUGAGCCGGUUUUGGCAAGCUUUGAGCCUUUUUACCCUGCUCUCCUUUUGUUUAGAACAGUUUAAACUCCUGGAGGCAUUAACUUCAGGUUUCCCUGGGAUCUAACCAUGCCUGCAGAGGCUUUAGUGUACUCAGUUUUUACUUUGGGUUUGAUUGUUUUCUCAGUUGCUCAACAAAGUUUUUCCCAGUCACUGAGGACUGCCUCUGGUGCUUGCAAGCUCUCUGUAGAAUCAUCUGAAAGGCGGUGCAGAACUCCUGAUGGUUUGAUUUGCAGUGGCAGAGGAGAAUGUGAUUGUGGGAUAUGCAUAUGUCAAGUUACUGACCCCGGGAAAUAUUACGGACCGCGCUGUGAAUGCCAUGAAUGGGUCUGUGCAACUUACGGUGGGAAGACCUGUGGUGACCAUGGAAGGUGUGACUGUGGGCAAUGUGUCUGUGACCACGGCUGGUUUGGGGAAGCAUGCCAGCAUCAGAAGGUCUGUAAUCUUUCCAAAAAGAAAAGCAAUGAGCUGUGCCGAAGCCCUCAAGGAGUGAUUUGUUCCAAUGCAGGUACAUGCCAGUGUGGGAGCUGUGUAUGUGGAAACACACAGGAAAAUGGGAUGAUUUAUGGUCAAUUCUGUGAAUGUGAUGACACUGAAUGUGUAGACGAUGAAACUGGAGAGAUAUGUGGCGGCCAUGGAAAGUGUUACUGUGGAAACUGUUACUGCAUGGCUGGUUGGCAUGGAGAUAAAUGUGAAUUCCAGUGUGACAUCAGCCCAUGGGAGAGCAAAAAGAGAUGCACGUCUCCAGAUGGCAAGAUCUGUAGCAACCGAGGAACCUGCAUCUGUGGUGAAUGUACAUGUUAUGAUGUGGAUCCUACAGGUGAAUGGGGAGAUAUUCAUGGUGAUACCUGUGAAUGUGAUGAGAGAAACUGUCAUUCAACCUAUGACAGAUAUGCAGAUGAUUUUUGCUCAGGUCGGGGUCAGUGUAACUGUGGGAGGUGUGACUGUAAGGAAGGCUGGACUGGGAAGAAGUGUGAGCAUCCACUGUCCUGCCGUCUAUCCUUGGAGGAUAGCAAAAAAAAGUGUCAGGGAAGUUCAAAGAUGCCUUGCUCUGGAAGAGGAAAGUGUCAGUGUGGCCAGUGCACCUGCUUCCCACCGGGAGAUGAAAGAGUUCAUGGAAAGAACUGUGAGUGUGAUGAUCGUCAGUGUGAGGACGUUAAUGGAGAGACAUGCAGUGGUCAUGGCAUUUGCUCAUGUGGGCGGUGCGUCUGCCAGGAUGGUUGGUUCGGGAAACUCUGCCAGUUCGUUCGGAGUUGCAACAUGACCGAAGAGGAGAGCAGGAGUCUCUGUGAAACAUCUGAUGGGGUCAUGUGCACAGGGAAAGGCUCCUGUCACUGUGGGAAAUGCAUCUGCUCGUCUCAGGAGUGGUAUAUUUCUGGAGAGUUCUGUGAGUGUGAUGACAGAGAUUGUGACACACAUGAAGGUCUUGUCUGUACAGGGAAUGGAGUCUGUAACUGUGGGAACUGUGACUGCUGGGAAGGAUGGACUGGAAACGCCUGUGAGAUCUGGAUUGGAGCAGAAUACUAAUGAGGUUGCAGAGGCAAUGCGAAAGACUGUUGUUAAGGCUGCUCAGUACAAUAGAGAGCAGUAAGUAAUGUAAAUCAUAGGGAGAGUGAAUCACUUAAAACUUGAGAUAAAGUUCUAACAUUUCUGCGUAUCAGUUGUAUAAUAGCAUUCCAAUUACUGGUUACAAAUGAUUAAAACUGCAGAUAUUAUUGUAUGCAAGUAACCCAACUGUUGAAGCAACAGCAUUUAUCCUGUUCUUUUUUUUUUUUGUUUAAAGAAACAUUACCUAAUAACAUGUGUAUUAUAUAACUAUAUGAUUACAAAACUUAGUUAGGAAUACUUACAUAAUCUGGAAGCUUAGAUGAUGGUAACAAAAUGGUUACAGUUCAGUGAUGAAAUAUGAUUUAAAAUGAGAUUGUACUGUUUUAGCCUGUCAGACUUCUUGUGUACAAGGGUACGUACAAUACAUUUUAAUUAUGUGGUUUUAUGACCUAUCAAAUGGUUUAAAGUGGGACGACACCUACAUUUAAGUGAGAAAUCACAUAACGUAUUUUUGUAAUUAAGAAAUUAAAUGGGUUAUUACAUACAUACAGUCUAUUCAAUAAUUAGAAUAAUGUGACAGCCAUUUUCUGAAGGAAGAACAAUAUCUCCAAUAAAAUUGCUUCUGUUAUGAGGCAACAUUAGCGGGGUUAUGAAAAUGUUUUAUUUUUUUUAAAUGCAAUGGACUUAAGAAAUUCCUUCUGUUCUGUUGUGAGUGCUAGAACAUCAUCAAUGUCUAUUAUAAACAUGAAACGCACACAUCAAUAAAGAACUUUGUGUACUGUGA